AACACAAUGGAUUGGCGUGCUUUAGUACUGAUGGUUUUAUCCCUGGUACUAAUAAAACCGGGGAAAUCAAACGUUCUUGUUGCGUUUGUUGGAGAAACGGUGUCAAUGAGAUGUAAAGUGACAACUUCAUACGUACAGUUUGUCUGGAUCAAAGAAGAAACAACGAUGGCAUCAGGCCCACCGGAUGAGGUGAAAUCUGAACGAACCAGGGUAACACUUAGUAACCCUCAAGCGGGGGUUCGUGAACUCACUAUAAAUGAUGUCAGAACUUACGAUGAAGGAUAUUACUUGUGUAUUGUAACACUCAUUAACGGUACUAGACUUACCUAUUCCAGUACAGUACAGGUGCAAAGUCAACUGAGCAUAGAAUCUACACCAAGAGCUGAUCAGAACCAACAGACAUCAGGAUUAUUGAUAGAGGACAGUGAUAUUGUUAUUCCAAAAACCACAUCAAAGGCAACAGGAAAUAUAGUUCCAAAAGAAGUUUUUGCUGGAGAUACUUUAAUACUUCCAUGUCCAGUCCUCAGCAGUUCUUCUAAGUUCAUCUGGCAGAAGAACGGAGUUCCAAUGGCGUAUGGUCCCCCUGACACAGUACUGAUAGAGGAAAAAAGGAUUUCAAUCAGUGAUUCUACCUACGGCUGGCGAAAACUGAUCAUCAAAUACGUCAGUGUAGCGGACAGUGGGAGAUACCUAUGUGUCGUGGAUCAAGGAUUCGGUAGCCCAUUCCAAAUGACAACGGAAGUCCGGGUUCUCAAAGAAGGAGAUACAGGGACAACAGAAAGCUCUGAUGUCCAGACUACUCAGGGUCCAUUCUCGUCAGCAUUGCCAAUCUCUCAUAAAGUGACAACAUACGAAACGAUGACCUAUGAUGUGCACACGAGAACACCUUCUUUCUCGACAAUCAGAACUUCGCUUAAAGGAAAUGAGCUAAAUAACCCAUCAAACAUUUGUGGGGAUCUUGUCCUGAGUAAAUAUACCCUGACUGGACUCGUUAUCAUCGCUAAUAUUAUCAGAAAUUUGUGAAUGAUGUUAAACUCUGACAUUUCACUAACCUGUCUUCCAGUCCGACUAUCUGUGAUGUCUGCAGUACCUCUGUAUAAUGCUCAUUAUUGUUUGGAAAAAAAAGCUUCUAAAUAAAAAAAAAAGUACCUUAUAUUAAUCGGACUUGUGUUAUUUUCUUGAAAUA